GGAAGAAGUAUUUGAACUAAAACCACUGAGGGGCAAAAUAGAGAAGUGGUUCCGGUGAAGAGACUCCGGCUACUGCGAGGAGGAAGUGACGCCUCACAUCCAGGUCGUAGAUGGAGGUUUAAGGGACUGGCUGCCACGGUGGGGGGGCUGCUUCUGAGGCCAACAUGUCUGUUAAUGGGACCAGUUUACUGUUUGAAGGCUUUCUGCAGAAAAGAAAAGACACUCUGAAACUGAGGUGGGUCACGUACUGGUUCAGGCUUCAGAACACGACCCUGUUCUUCUACAAUGAGAAGAACUGUGAUGCUUCAACCUUGAAAGGUUAUUACUACAUUUAUACAGUUCAAUCAGUGCGAGAGAUUCCAAAAGCUACUAAGAAGCACUUUAUGUUUGAAAUCAUCUUGACAAACGGGAAGUGCAAAAUGUUGGCAGCCCAGACAGCAGCUCUCAGAAAGCAGUGGGUUGAGCACCUUUGGGAAGCCAUGCGCCUCUCUACGAAUCCAGGCACUCAUCAUAGCAUGAUGCCGCUGCUUCCUGCUGCUUCUGUUACUCCCAGUCAUCAAAUCUACCCUGAAGCCAGGAUCCACGAGAAGCACAGCUUAGAUCACGAGUCUCAUUCCAUUGGGUUCAACGGUGAAGAUCACCAAUCAUAUGAAUAUGACGUCUUACCUUGUAGAGGUUUGGUGGAAACGUAUAUUUCGUUUCUUAAGAGAUUUAGCAGAUCUCUAAAGUCAUUUCAUCUCAUUCUUGCAGCCGUUCAGAAGAUCAGCACUCCAACAAAGAUGGAUGAUCUGUACGAUUCUCCCAGAUCUUGCAUUAAACAUGCUGAGUAUGAGGAACCCACAUAUGACAUUCCAAGCUCUCAUUUGAGGACGACUUUUUGCACAUUAGUUUCAGAGGAGUCGUCAGAGGAGGAAACUCACUGAAGAAAACAAGAUGGAAACCCACCAUGUCGGCGUCAUGUAUAUUUCCUUCUACAGACUAAUCCAUCACAUCUACAUGUUUUGUGUUUGAGGAGAAAAAAGUG